AUGGAGCCGGAGUCCGCCGACGAUGCAGCGCUCGCCGGUUGCAAGGACAAGUUGAAGCACUUCCGAAUAAAAGAGCUAAAAGAUGUCCUGCAUCUGCUUGGACUUUCAAGGCAAGGAAAGAAGCAGGAAUUGGUGGAUAAAAUCUUAGCAAUACUAUGUGAUCAACAAGAUCAAGUAUCACAACUGAAUGGCUUAACAAAGAAACCGGCGGUUGAAAAAGAAACCGUGUUGAAAAUAGUUGAUGAAACCUUUAGGAAACUGCACAGUCCUGCAAAUUCUGCUGCAGCCUCACCAAAUCAGAUUGAUUCAGGACAAAGUGUAAAGCCUAAAAAAAAGUUAAAUGGUUCUGCUCAAAAGGAUGUCAAGGUCCGUUGUCCUUGUGGUAGCUCCAUGGCCAAUGGAUCCAUGAUAAAGUGUGAUAAUCCACAAUGCAAUGUCUGGCAACAUGUUGGUUGUGUUAUCAUAUCCGAGAAGUCUGCAGAGAGUGUUCCUCAGGAAUUACCUUCCAGCUUCUACUGUGACAUCUGUCGAAUAAAUAAGGCCGAUCCUUUCUGGGUCACUAUCAAUCAUCCAUUACUUCCAACAUCAAUAGCUCCUUCUAAAAUAGCGACUGAUGGGUCAUAUACUAUACAGUAUCUUGAGAAAACCUUUCCAUUAUCAAGAGCUAAUAGGGAAAUGCUACAGAAAGCCGAAUAUGACAUUCAGGUUUGGUGUAUCCUUCUUGAUGACCAAGUUCCUUUCAGGAUGCAAUGGCCUUUACACUCUGAUAUGCAAAUUAAUGGUGUUCAAGUCAGGGUUGUUAACCGGCAACCUACACAGCAGUUAGGGGCCAAUGGUAGAGAUGAUGGUCUUGUAUUAACGGAAUAUUGCAAAGAAGGACCUAAUAAAAUUGUUCUAUCUAGAAGCGACUCCCGCAUGUUCUCUUUGGGUGUUAGAAUUGCCAAGAGGAGGUCUCUGCAAGAGGUCCUAAAUUUGGUGCCGAAGGAACAUGAUGGCGAGAAGUUUGAUCAUGCCCUUGCUCGUGUGCGGCGUUGUGUUGGUGGUGGAGCUGAGGCAGAUAAUGCUGACAGUGAUAGUGAUAUUGAGGUUGUGGCUGACAGGGUCUCUGUGAAUCUCCGAUGUCCGAUGACUGGUUCAAGGAUUAAGAUAGCUGGCAGGUUUAAACCCUGUGUCCACAUGGGUUGCUUUGAUUUAGAAGCUUUUGUGGAACUUAAUCAACGUUCACGGAAGUGGCAAUGCCCAAUUUGCCUGAAGAAUUAUUCUCUGGACAACAUAAUCAUUGACCCAUAUUUCAACCGGAUCACUUCGCUGAUCCAAAGCUGUGAAGAUGAUGUAUCUGAACUUGAUGUCAAGCCUGAUGGUUCCUGGAGAGUUAAGGGUGGAGCUGAACUGAAGGAUCUUACGCGGUGGCAUUUACCAGAUGGUACUCUCUCUGUAGCCACCAACAUAGGGUCCAAGAUCAACACAAGUAUUGUAAAGCAUGAGAUUAAAGAGGAGUCUCUGUCUGACCAGCUGGGCUCCCGUAUCAAGUUGGGAAUUAGAAAAAACAACAACGGCAAGUGGGAAAUUACGAAGAGAGGGGAUGUUAACUCGACACAAUCUUCUGAUAGUGACCACCCAGAGCACUUUAAAAAUGGAAACUUUAUUACUCCUACAAGCAAUAAUGAUCAUGAGGACACUGAAGAUUUGGAACCAGAACAAUAUGAUUACCCUAUGAGCAAUGUACACGAUCUUGAUUCUUCUCCUAUAGAUGAACAUGUCCCUGCAGUAUCAAGAGAGCAAGAUAUAAUAGUUCUGAGCGACUCUGAUGAUGAUAACGUCACGGUGUUGUCUCCUAAUGCUUUGAAUUCCAGCUCAGCAGAUGACACUGGAGAUCCAUUUCCACCCAAUCCACCUGAAACUAAAGGAACGUGUGAGGAACAACCUGGAGGUGGUCUAGAUGAGGCUUCAUUUCUUAUGUUCAGCGAAGAUUUUGAUGAUCUGGGACAACUCUCAUUUUGGCAGCAUCCUUCAAAUCCGCAGGAUGAUCCUGCCUUACAGUUGACAAAUAAUCUAGGUGAAGUGCAAAACAACACUGCCAACCAUCAACCUCUGCAUGAGCCAGUAGCAGCAGCAGCAAACCUACUGGAACAUGGACAUAAUAAUUGCAUUGAUGAAAGCCAAGCAUCGGUUGCAAGGAAUUGCGUUGAUGAAAAUCUAAUUACUGCCAAGAAGAAUGCGUCUCAAAAAAGGAGGAACCCUGAGGAUGAAAUAACAGCUUUAGAUGCUUCAGUUGUGGAUGAUGACUUGCCUGGGGAGAGACCUGGUGGUCCUUUGUCACUGGCUCGGCAGCAACGGGCAGUUCGUCCAAGAUUGGUACUAGCAAUCGAUUCAGACUCUGAAUAG